CACUGGGUUGAAACACCAAUGUCCUGAUCCACUUGGCAACGAAUGAAACUCACAUCCACCCUGACACACUCUUGCUGCACAUCACUCUGGCUGCGGCCUCUAUAAUAGUUCUACGGCUCUUGUAGCGGAUCACCCUUGGAAGGAUAAGUGUUAAUCUAAACAUUGCUUCCUAUAAUUGUUUGAUGUCUUUUAUAGACUAAUCCAGAGUCCUUUUUGCUUCUUUGUAGUCUUGAAGUGAACUGUGUUUAGUAAAACAACUUUAUGUUGUGUUAAGACGCAACAUUUUUAGUCUGCACGAUGUCAGAUAGUGAGAUGAUGUGUGAAACAGAUUUGUGCUAUUGGAGGCCUGUCUUCCUUAAAUGACUUCAUUAGAUCAGGCAAAGAGAGACAUCCGUUUCAUAUAUAAUGGCAAUAAUAAAAAUAAAAGUACCUGUUACAUUUUCAAUGUCUUUGUCUGAAAUGUUUAAGUUUCAAGACGUUGUAUAUAUUUCCGUCGUUUUUUUGUUAUUUAGAAACAUAGAUUCAAUCAUACAUUAGAACAAGCACACUGACACCACACAUACAUCUAACUUACAAACGACCAGCAAUAAUACUUAAAACAUUUACCAAACUACUAUAUGCAGAGUUCGUAUCCGCAUGAGCUGGCCCUCGCUUGUAAUUUGGCCCCAAUUUGGUUCAAACAGUAAGAGAGAAUUUAAAUUGGGAAUACUAACUACGUAAGACAGAGGGAAGUUGAGAAUGUGCCUAAUCACUAACAUAUGAGCCACCAGGUAAAUGUUACACAGAACUGGAUAAAACAAAAAAACAUGCCAGUCCUUGUUACACACAGUUUUCUCCCUCCAGGCUUGCCUGUAAAAAAAUGGAGUGAUGACGGCGACUCAAACCUUCAGGGUUAUUAUUGUGUCAGAGCUUGUAACCACGGACACAAGGAUUGCAUAUCAUUUACGCUAAAGUUGAUCAGUAAUGCUACUUGAUGGUAUACCACAGUAUACCACACAAGUGCAGUGUACGCGCAAACCCACCCACCCCAGCACUGCUCAGCCAAUGACCUACACAUCUGCAUUCGUGUAACCAAUCACUUGCAAGCAAGAAUUCACCUAUCGGCUUUUUUCAGGUUUCCUCGCUGUGCAUGGUUGCAUGUUAGCGAUAAUGUAUUGGUUAAAUAUACAGACAUCCCAGCAGCUGACACACUUCUCUCAGUUCGGUGCAUAGAAGACAGACGUCUCCAGCAUCCAACUUGUAUCUGUGUCUUCCUCCUCUACCCAGUAUCAUAAGAAGAUCUCCAGUAAGGAAGAAAAGUCAACGAGGAUGAGAGGAGUGACGGUGGUCUUGGUUAUCUUGAUCGCUGAUAUUGUGGAAUGUCUCCGUCCACAGUACGGUUGGCAACCAAACGCAGGUGGUGGUGUGGACGCCGUGCUGGAGGCGGUGUCUCAGCCCACUUGCUCUCUCAUCCUCCUUACAGAUGUCACCACAUCAGCCUCCACCAUCCUCAAGGAGGAGAGUGUAGUAAGAGGGAGCCCCUGGGGUGUGGGGUUUUUUGAAGUGAUGAUGAACCACCAGGACACUAACCUGACGCUCUCUCUGCUCUCCCACCUGCUCCACCAGGCUCGACAGGUGAGGAUGGAGUCUCGGUGUGUGCGGGUGGUGGUGGCGAGUCACGACCCGGUCUUCCUCGACACCUUCGCCGAGUGGUCCCUCAAGGGCCGCCUCCUAGUGUGGGCCACCAAGCUGCUGGUGGUCACCAGCCUCCCACUCCCGCAGCUCCACGCCCUCCUGUCCUCCCACUGGACCUUCUCCAUGAUGAACACCAUCUUGCUCAACCUGGAGGACACACCACCCAACCUCAGGCACAGUGUGUAUACUCACCUACCGUACAGUCCAGAAGGCGCCCAGGUGUUGCGGGUAGCUGUGUGGACACCAAGACACGGCCUCCGCCUCCUCACAGCCCUGCCACUCUUCCCUGAGAAGUUCUCCAAUUUCCAUGGUGCUGAGGUGAACGUGACGGGGAAGCCUUGGCCGCCAUACUGGGUGGAGGAGCAGCAGGAGGCGGCUGACGGGAGCCUCGUCACCAUCUACACAGGCUGUGACUACCUCUCCCUCGAGACUAUCUCCCACACCCUCAACUUCACUAUUAAUAUAAUUCCUACAGCUUCCUGGGAAGAGGUGAUCCAGAAGGUGGACGAGCGAGAGUCAUUCAUCGCGGCAGUAUUCCACUUAGCUCUGAGAGAGCAAUAUAAGCGGCACGACUUCACUUACAUCUUCGAGUUUAAUCAAAUGUCAUUUGCUCUGGCCAAGCCCGGCCUGAAGCCCCGCCUGGAGAGCCUCUACUACCCGCUCACCAACGAAGUGUGGACCGGGGUGUUGGUCGUCUUCCUCCUCAUGCCCGCCAUUUUUUAUGUGGUCAGCAGAGGAAGAGAGAAGCAGGGUGGACAGCUGCGGGUGGGAGCUGAGGUGCUGGAGGUGAUGGGGAUCCUGGUAGGCCAGAACCUGCCACAGCAGCUCCCACCUAUCACCUCCGGCCGCCUCCUGGUGGUGGCGUGGCUGGUGUUCGCCCUCAUCAUCGGGACGGUUUACCGUGGCAACCUCACAGCCGCCCUCACGCUGCCCAAGUACCCGCCCCGGCCAGAGACUGUGGAACAGCUGGUGGACACCGUUCAUAAUGUGACUAUGCCGCCAUUUGGAGAACGGUUUCGUCAAUUCUUCGCGGCUUCAGACUCAGAGGUGUACAAGAAAUUGGCCAGGAUGAUGAUGAUAGGACCAUCCGCCAGGGAGGGACUACAGAUGGCCGUUGAACAGAAGUAAGACCUCAUUGUCAACACAAAGUUAUAGAUUUAAAAUCACAUUUACUUUUCGAAAAGGCUUAG